AUGAAUUCCCUUACUGGUUUCUGUGAACGCAACAAACAAUUUAGACCACCGGGAGGAGACAGGUGGGGGCGGAGACAGGUGGGGGCGGAGACAGGUGGGGGCGGAGACAGGUGGGGGCGGAGACAGGUGGGGGCGGAGACAGGUGGGGGCGGAGACAGGUGGGGGCGGAGACAGGUGGGGGCGGAGACAGGUGGGGGCGGAGACAGGUGGGGGCGGAGACAGGUGGGGGCGGAGACAGGUGGGGGCGGAGACAGGUGGGGGCGGAGACAGGUGGGGGCGGAGACAGGUGGGGGCGGAGACAGGUGGGGGCGGAGACAGGUGGGGGCGGAGACAGGUGGGGGCGGAGACAGGUGGGGGCGGAGACAGGUGGGGGCGGAGACAGGUGGGGGCGGAGACAGGUGGGGGCGGAGACAGGUGGGGGCGGAGACAGGUGGGGGCGGAGACAGGUGGGGGCGGAGACAGGUGGGGGCGGAGACAGGUGGGGGCGGAGACAGGUGGGGGCGGAGACAGGUGGGGGCGGAGACAGGUGGGGGCGGAGACAGGUGGGGGCGGAGACAGGUGGGGGCGGAGACAGGUGGGGGCGGAGACAGGUGGGGGCGGAGACAGGUGGGGGCGGAGACAGGUGGGGGCGGAGACAGGUGGGGGCGGAGACAGGUGGGGGCGGAGACAGGUGGGGGCGGAGACAGGUGGGGGCGGAGACAGGUGGGGGCGGAGACAGGUGGGGGCGGAGACAGGUGGGGGCGGAGACAGGUGGGGGCGGAGACAGGUGGGGGCGGAGACAGGUGGGGGCGGAGACAGGUGGGGGCGGAGACAGGUGGGGGCGGAGACAGGUGGGGGCGGAGACAGGUGGGGGCGGAGACAGGUGGGGGCGGAGACAGGUGGGGGCGGAGACAGGUGGGGGCGGAGACAGGUGGGGGCGGAGACAGGUGGGGGCGGAGACAGGUGGGGGCGGAGACAGGUGGGGGCGGAGACAGGUGGGGGCGGAGACAGGUGGGGGCGGAGACAGGUGGGGGCGGAGACAGGUGGGGGCGGAGACAGGUGGGGGCGGAGACAGGUGGGGGCGGAGACAGGUGGGGGCGGAGACAGGUGGGGGCGGAGACAGGUGGGGGCGGAGACAGGUGGGGGCGGAGACAGGUGGGGGCGGAGACAGGUGGGGGCGGAGACAGGUGGGGGCGGAGACAGGUGGGGGCGGAGACAGGUGGGGGCGGAGACAGGUGGGGGCGGAGACAGGUGGGGGCGGAGACAGGUGGGGGCGGAGACAGGUGGGGGCGGAGACAGGUGGGGGCGGAGACAGGUGGGGGCGGAGACAGGUGGGGGCGGAGACAGGUGGGGGCGGAGACAGGUGGGGGCGGAGACAGGUGGGGGCGGAGACAGGUGGGGGCGGAGACAGGUGGGGGCGGAGACAGGUGGGGGCGGAGACAGGUGGGGGCGGAGACAGGUGGGGGCGGAGACAGGUGGGGGCGGAGACAGGUGGGGGCGGAGACAGGUGGGGGCGGAGACAGGUGGGGGCGGAGACAGGUGGGGGCGGAGACAGGUGGGGGCGGAGACAGGUGGGGGCGGAGACAGGUGGGGGCGGAGACAGGUGGGGGCGGAGACAGGUGGGGGCGGAGACAGGUGGGGGCGGAGACAGGUGGGGGCGGAGACAGGUGGGGGCGGAGACAGGUGGGGGCGGAGACAGGUGGGGGCGGAGACAGGUGGGGGCGGAGACAGGUGGGGGCGGAGACAGGUGGGGGCGGAGACAGGUGGGGGCGGAGACAGGUGGGGGCGGAGACAGGUGGGGGCGGAGACAGGUGGGGGCGGAGACAGGUGGGGGCGGAGACAGGUGGGGGCGGAGACAGGUGGGGGCGGAGACAGGUGGGGGCGGAGACAGGUGGGGGCGGAGACAGGUGGGGGCGGAGACAGGUGGGGGCGGAGACAGGUGGGGGCGGAGACAGGUGGGGGCGGAGACAGGUGGGGGCGGAGACAGGUGGGGGCGGAGACAGGUGGGGGCGGAGACAGGUGGGGGCGGAGACAGGUGGGGGCGGAGACAGGUGGGGGCGGAGACAGGUGGGGGCGGAGACAGGUGGGGGCGGAGACAGGUGGGGGCGGAGACAGGUGGGGGCGGAGACAGGUGGGGGCGGAGACAGGUGGGGGCGGAGACAGGUGGGGGCGGAGACAGGUGGGGGCGGAGACAGGUGGGGGCGGAGACAGGUGGGGGCGGAGACAGGUGGGGGCGGAGACAGGUGGGGGCGGAGACAGGUGGGGGCGGAGACAGGUGGGGGCGGAGACAGGUGGGGGCGGAGACAGGUGGGGGCGGAGACAGGUGGGGGCGGAGACAGGUGGGGGCGGAGACAGGUGGGGGCGGAGACAGGUGGGGGCGGAGACAGGUGGGGGCGGAGACAGGUGGGGGCGGAGACAGGUGGGGGCGGAGACAGGUCAUGUGUGUCUGGUUGGAGGUUUACUAUUUGUGCAGAUCUUAAGUCACUACACUGGGUCAGAAAUAGUAGUGAUCCAUUCUCACAUUUAAUGAAGUUCAUAUUGAAAUUAGAGGAGCAUUAUUACAAAAUUGUACACAAAAAGAACUCAGUAGAUGGUGCAUUGUUGAGAAUAAGGGAAGAACGGUCAGCUGAUACCGAAACUGAGGAAAAUGAAAGUGAGGAAAAGCUGGAAGUCAAGGAUGAUGAACAGCAGUUUACUGCUGAAGCAAAAGUGGAAAUUUUGCAGUAA